UCUGGCUCAAGCUUGUGUGUAGGCGAGCAACAUACAGGUUGCAUCACUUAUCACUUGUUACUUUGCUGCCGAACAUGGUCUUAACGGAAGCUGAAAAAGCGGCAAGGGCCAAAGCUGAGAAGGAGGCUUUAGCAGCCAAGAAGGCUGAAAAAGAGCGAAUCGAAGCAGAAAUUCGGGCGGACAGGGAUAUGUUCAAUGCGGUGAAGAGCACUGCAAAGGAGGAGAAACCUGAAGCUGCCCCGAAACUGCUCAUUCGCCUGCGCUACGCCGUAGACGGCAAGAAAGGUCGAAAACCACUGGAAGUGGAUGGGACGCCAUCCACUGUGAGUCUUUUCCAUUUCUAUCAGGCCAUCGAGGAGCAAUUCCACGUCGCGCCGCCCAAACAGAUCCUGCAGCCUGCGGAUGAGUCAACAUUCCCAGUCGAACCUCGGGCAGAGGCCUUACCAGCCUACAACUCAUUUUCUUCCAUGGAGGCGUUUCCUAGCCUCGAGGCCCUGGGCGUGAGAAAUGGCCAGGAAAUCUUUCUGAGCGUGAACGAGGCGCCUGCAGCACCUGCCGUCAAGCCAUCCUCGCCACGUGUGGCAACACCAUCCUUGCCCCCAGGUGGUGAGGAUCCUGCCUAUGCGCCAGGUCCAGCAGAGCCCCCAGCAGUGCAGCCUGUGCAGCCCGUGCAACCGCCGGUGCGGCCGCCGCAACCCGCGCAGCCGGCACAGCCUGCCCCGACGCCUCCCACUGCGCCGAAGCCAGCAGGUGCAAGCAGCUCCGUCAGAUAUAGCGACGAGCACAAGCUGAAGUUCUUGUGGCGCAGCAUAGAAGAGAAGAAACUAGCGCUCACCAAAGCCCGAGAACUUCGGGAGUACAACGAGGUGCAGAGAGUGCGGGAAAGUCCAGAGACUGAUCGCUUGGCUGCCCUGCUGUUGUGGCAGACUGGCGAGCAGGAGUUCUACUGCAGGAUGAAGGCAGAUCUAGAUCGUGCUGUGGGGCUGCAGCCAGUCAAGGAGUUCAUUGUACAGCGCUUGCGGGAUGCCGCUGGGAGACACGUGCUCAAGGAAGGCAAGCAACCUCGACGGCAUGUGCUGAUCAGUGGUGCCUUUGGAGUUGGGAAACAUGUAGCGGCUGAACUGAUCGGGCGGCUCUUUGGGUUGCUCAACAACCAGCUAGUGGCCCAGGUACGUGUUGGCAGCAAGGUUCGAUUGGCAGCCUGGCAGGAUCCCAAGAAUCGAGGUGCAUUGCUCAGUAAGAAUGACGUGGGCAUCGUCACGGAGGAGAUGCCGCAUGGCUCCCCGGAGCCUUUGAAAGUCAAGGGCCCAUCUGGCCGCGUAGGCAACUAUCGCGCUGAUGAAUUGGUGGCUGAGCAAGAUUUGUUGAACACCAUCACAGAGCUGAAGGACUUGCUAGACCCAAAAACUGGGAAGCUGAGAGUGGCUGAUCGCAGUUGCUUCUACAUGCGCUUGGGUGGUGCUCUGACCGAACAGGAUGCUGAAAUCCUGGAACAGGUGCUAGAUGUGGGAAGCGUUGUCAUCAUGGCUGGGCCACCAGAAGUGGUUGAGGCCAAUAUGCAGCUCUCAGCCUUCCGGCGCCGUCAGCCCGAUCUGUUGACGUUGCCCACGCUGAGCGUCAACGAUGUGGCCAACCUCAUCGCAAUGGAAGUGGAGAAACGGGGCUAUGAGGGCGUAGGUGAAGGAGACGUGGGAACGCGGCAACUCAUCACCGUGUUAGAGCACAUUGUGGCACAACGCUUCGAUGAGAAGUUGAUCCGCGAAAAGAAUGGGCACCUGGCCCGAGAUGUCCUUGACUUGGCCAUCUCUCGAAAGAACGACCGCACCUGGCAGGAGAGUCUGGAUUCAGCGGAGCGCUUUCGCCUGACGCCUAUGGACUUUGGCCUGGAUGUCCUCACGGCAGAACAGCGCGAGCGUCGAAUGAGGGAGGUGGAGGCCGAAGUUGCCCAGCUGGUUGGCUGGGGCAGCGAAGAGGAUGUGGGCAGUGCUCGGCAAUUCUUCUCGCAGCUGCGGCGUCAGCUUGGACAAGCCCCACGUGGCAGUGGCUGGAGCGCGGCGGCUUGUGGUGGUGCUGGUGCCUUGCAAGGGGCGCUGCACAUGCCACGGGCACUAUGGGUGUCUGCCAACCCAGGCUCCGGACGAGAGACGUUCGUGCGCCUGGCGACAUGUUUCUUGCGUGCAGCUGGUGCCAUCAGCCGGGAAGAAGUGACAUGGGUGGAUGCCCAAGAGAUUGGCGACAAGGGAGACCCAACUGAGCUCAUUGCUGCGCGAAUGGCCGCGGCAGAACAUGGCUGCCUUGCCAUCAAGGACGUGGAUGCCUUGGUGGACAGCCGGGAGGCGGUGCGCGCCCUGGCGGCUGCCUUGGGCAACGUGGAUGGCGCGGGGAGUGGCACCACGCUCUUCGUGGUGCUGGGGACGCAGCAGGGCUUGGCGCGGAUUGCGCGGAUGGAGCCAGCUCUGGAGGCACGCUUUCCGACCACGGUGCAGAUCCCCGACUUCUUGGCUACGGAGCUAGUGCAGUUUAUGGAGAUCUCAGCCAGUAGGUUGCCAUCAGGUGCUCUGGCCUUUGAAGAUCAGCUAGCACCGCGCUUGGCGGAGCACCUCAUUGAGGUCUAUGGCGGUGGUGGCCAGGGCAAGGAGCUGGGUGAGAGGGGCAACUUGGCGCUGGCGCGGCGCUUGCUGCAACGAGCUGUGCAGAAUCGCAUCACUAGGCUGUUCAACAGCAUUCAAGAGGGUGAGUCGCCGAAUGACACCCCAGAAAGCGAACACCUCACGAAGGAGGACUUUGAGGUAGGCGCUCCCAUUGGAGAGGGUCGUGAGCAAAAGGAUGCCAUUGAUGAAGAGGUUGGCAAUCUGAUUGGCAUGACGAAGGCGAAGGAGUGGUUUGCACAGGUCCGUCAAAAGGUUGCCUUUGUGGAGCAGACCGGCACGCGCAGUGAUCUUCGAGUGUGUUUAAAUAUCAUUAUCACUGGCAAUCCCGGAACGGGUAAGACCACCUUUGCACGGUUGCUGGCGCGUUUCUUCCACACCUACGGAGUCCUGCCAAAGGACAGCUUUGUUGAAAAGAAUGGACUUGAGCUAAAGGCCGAGUUCAUGGGUGGCACAGCACCUCGUGUGAAGGCGGCUGUGCAGGAGGCCAUGGGCGGGUGUUUGUUUCUGGACGAAGCCUAUGCCCUGAUGGAUUCAGCUGCUGGUGUGGGUGGGGCGGGCGACGCCUUUUCCCAGGAAGCGCUGAGGACUCUUCUCACUGAAGUGGAGAAUCACCGCACGAACCUGAUGGUGGUGCUUGCGGGGUACAAGGAAAAGAUGGGGAGACUGAUGCGUGCAGAGGAAGGCCUUGCACGGCGCUUCCCCAAUCGCUUACAUUUGGAUGACUACACCCCUGCAGAGUUGGGGGAGAUCUGUGAGAUGUGCGCCAGGCAUCGACAUCAGCGCGAGUUCGAACCUGGCCUAAGAGAAAAGCUGGAGAAGCACAUCGAAAAUUUCUAUUGGAGAGACAUUGCUCAGCAAAAUGCUGGACUCUCCGUGAAUUUGACGGAAAAAGCUUUGGAUAGACAGAUCGUGCGGAUCGUCUCGAAAUACCCAGAGGCCUUUGCUCAGAUGAGCCGCAUAGCAGGCACGGCAAGUGCGCCCAGCGAUGGGCCAUCCCUGAUGCGGCAGAGAAGUGGUGUGAGCAUUCAGCAGGUGAAGGCUGAGGUGGCGGUCUUCACGGCUGCCGACUUUGGCAUCGAGGAGCGCCCGACCAUGGGCGACCCCGAGAUGCGAAAACGGGUGCAACAAGAGGUGGAGCGUCUUACUGGCAUGGCCAAUGUGAAGGCAUUCUUCAAGGAGCUCUCCCGCACGGUGGCCUUUGUGGAGCGAGGUGGGGACCCUCGUGUCUUGCAGACCAGCCUCAACCUGCGCCUUACGGGAAAUCCAGGGACCGGCAAGACCACGGUGGCACGACUCAUCGGGCGCUACCUCUAUGCGCAUGGCGUUUUGCCCCGAGACACCUUUGUGGAGCGCAACGCCUUGGCAUUGAAAGGCCAGUUCGUGGGCCAGACAGCGCCCACUGUCGCAGAGGCGGUUCGCGAUGCCAUGGGUGGCUGCCUGUUCAUAGACGAGGCCUAUGCCUUGGCAGACCGAGGAGGUGACAAGUUCAGUGGUGAAGUGAUCCGCACUCUGCUGACGGAGGUUGAGAAUCAUCGCACUGGACUUCUGGUGGUCUUAGCUGGGUACGCGGACAAGAUGGACGUGUUGAUGGAUGCAGAUCCAGGGCUGCGACGACGCUUCUCCCUGGUGUUGCAGCUGGAGGAUUACAGUCCUGAGGAGUUGGCAGAGAUUUGCGAACAUGCUGCACAGGAUCGCUUCAAUUUGAUCUUUGCUCCUGGCUUGGUGGAUGCCUUGGCCCAGCACAUCAGAUCUCAGCACGGCUCGGAGAUUUCACAGCAUAAUGGAGGCCUCGCGGUGACCUUGGCGGAAAGGGCCUUCCGGCGCCUGGCCACACGGCUAGGGGAUCCCCAGAGCCAACAGGCGGUAAGUGGCCGCCAAUGUCGGGAACUGAUCGCCGAGGAUUUCCUCAUCGGACUGCCGCAGGAAGCUCUGCGGAAGACCCGCCCGCCGGAUCUGCCCUCGCCAGGUGGGGAAACCGGUCGAGCUCGGCAGCCCAAGCGAACACGGCCUGCCUGGCAGGAGGCGGUUGGAUCUCUGGCGCGAGAGAUGGCCCAGGAGCUCCUCCGAGGAAUGGAGGGCGCAAUGGAUGACCCCCUGGAUGAAGACAUGCCUGGGGAUUCCGGUCCAAGUGCGGAUCGCGUGAAGGCAGUUGCAAAAGCAGUAGCAAAAGGCAAGAACCGAGAAAGACCCAAGGAGGAGGUCAAAGAGGAAGAGAAGUUGCCACAGCAAGAGGGAGAGAAAGUGGUGGAGGAAAUGUCGACCUUGGAUGCGUUAGAAUGCUUGGGCCUUUGUCCGGCAAAUUUCGAGUGGUUCGAACUCAAUGUAGCGAACCCGCCCGCAGAGAACUGCGGCAUUUGCAACUACAGACUGGCCGAUGGCUAUCGCUGUGGAGGUGGUACGCACUAUGUUUGUAUGGGAUGCAUCGAUGCCUACAAGACCACCUACACCAAGUGACAUCAAGUGACACCGAGGUCCAGCCCUCCAUAUUAUCGUC